ACCUCUGAUUCAAUCUCUUGUAUCUUACCAAACUCCUCCUCCUCUUCCGUAUUCGCCCCUUCGGCUGCCUUUCCCAGUGAAUCAGAACCAGGAUCGCGUCAUGACUACGUCAGUCCAGAGGCGUCGUGGGCGGCUCUCCGCAUUUUGCCACAGCAACUGCGUCCACAUGUACCUGUCCAGUUAGUGAUGGAGUAUGUACAGUGCAUACUCUCCCAGCUGACAGCUCAAGCCGCGGAUAGCGUUCGUCAACGACGCCAGCUUCAGUCACCUCAACAGCCUCAAUCACGCCAGCAAUGUCUACAAGGGCAACGAGUAUCUGCUGGACCGUUCGGAUCGCCAUCGCUGCAAAAGCCGCUUCAGCCCCUCGGUCUGGAUCCAAACGCAACGUCCCAGAACCUCGCCACCAAAGCAAACUCGGACUUAAUGCAUGGCUUUCUAUCCUCCCUCGGUCCACGCUCCCUGCGCAAGCAGCAUCACUCGCCAGGGUCCGACUCUUCUCAAACUGGAGAACAAAGCCGGCUGGAGCCAAGCCUCGGAGAUAGGCCCCUCACCAGUUCUGUCUCUAUGCUCUCCAUACCCGUCGCCCCUGUCGGCAGCCUGUUGGGCCAGACGUCGAAUGGAUCAGUCACAAGUGGCCCAACAAUGGGACUUGGAUCACUGGCUGGGCGGCAGCCCACGACUGGUUCCACAUUGGCUCUGGCACGUACUCCCAGAGGUAGUCUGGUUCGUGAAAGUAUCGCCAACCUGCAUCAGCAUCUGCUGCUUGUUGUCGCCGAUCAGUCGAAAGCCAGCUGCACAUGCACCAUACAAGAGCUGGUUGACAGCAACAUCGAAGACUACCGGCUCAGACAGGCAGAGUUGGCACUGCUUGCUGGCCUCGCCUUUCUUGCUGCCUGCAGAAAGUCAUGUCUCUUUGGAGCAGCUUUCUUUCCUGUGCAGGCGAGUGGUAAUGCCGUGCGCAAGCACACACGCGAAUAG